AUGUCCCGCCCCGAAGACCUCCUCCCGCCCGACCUCUUCUACAACGACACCGAGUCCACAAAAUACACGACCUCCUCUCGCAUCCAGCGCAUCCAGUCGGACAUGACGCACCGCGCUCUCGAACUCCUCCACCUGGACCGCCCUUCACUCAUUCUCGACGUUGGCUGUGGCUCCGGCCUCUCAGGAGAGAUCCUGAGCGAGGAAGGUCAUACCUGGAUUGGCAUGGACAUCAGUCCCAGCAUGCUAGCUGUUGCAUUGGAGAGGGAUGAAGUCAACGGCGAUCUGCUGCUGGGCGAUAUGGGACAGGGCUUGCCUUUCCGCCCCGGCAGCUUCGACGCCGCCAUCUCCAUCUCAGCUAUCCAAUGGCUGUGUAACGCCGAGAGCAGCGACGACCGGCCCGAAGCGAGACUAAAGAGAUUCUUUGAUGGGUUGUAUGCGUGUUUGAAGAGGGGUGGGAGGGCGGUGUGCCAGUUUUAUCCGAAGAACGAGGUGCAGAGGAAGAUGAUAAGCGCCGCCGCUGUCAAAGCUGGCUUCGGCGCGGGCAUACUAGAAGACGACGGCGGGACCAAAAACGUCAAGACCUACUUAGUACUCAGCGUUGGCGGAGGUGAUAUCACGCAAGCGGUUAACGGACUGGACGACGUUGACAUCGAGGACGGACGGAAUGUUCGGCAAGCGAUGAACGGCAAGGGGAUUGGCACGCCCAAGAAAGGCAGCAAGGAGUGGAUCAUGCAGAGGAAGGAGAAGAUGAAGCACAAAGGCAAGGUCGUCAAGACCGACUCGAAGUACACUGGCAGGAAGAGGAGGGUGGCAUUCUGA